AUGCAAUUUAUCUGGUUGGUCCUAGUUAGAGAGCAGACAAGUAAUGCAAAGUCUGUUCCUCAUGUAUACCUUUUAGGAAUAUGCUGCUGGUUAGCUCUCCGACUAAUGCGGAGCCCCGGACUCCGCGCCGCCUCCACCCCGGAAUCAUCUCAGCCUCGCAUAUUCUCUUCAACUACUAAUAUUUCUCUACAGCAGACAGAUACCGACCUCAUGCCCCCCAAACGCGCCUGCGACUGCUGCAACAUCCGCAAAGUCCGCUGCAACGGCGUCCAGCCCUGCCACCGCUGCGUCGCCAAUGGCCUCACCUGCACCUAUCUGCGCCAGCGCCGCAAGAGCGGCCCUCGCAGCCUGCGCCAGUCGUCCAUCCAGAAGAUCUGGAGGGAGCAGGUGUCUGCCGUCGAAAACCUGCAGAGCUGGCCGCAAUCUCCUUCCCAGCUGAUCGCCUCUCCCACGCAUACGCCACGCUUCUCCCUCCCCAUCCUCCGCACCGUCCUCGCCCUCUACACGGAGAAGCUCUGCAGAACCGACCCCUCCGACGUCGAGACCUACACGCUGACCACCGCGCUGUGCGGCGCCACCCUGUCCCAUCUCAACGAGACCGUCUCGCAUGAAUCGCUGCCCGAGCCACUGUCCGCCCACUCGUUCGCCCAGGAGGCCAGGCGCGUGCGCGCGACCUUCGACUACAUGGAGCCAGUGACGCUGAAUACCGUGCUCACCUCGUACUUCCUGCACAUCUACUACGGCCGCCAGCCGGCGCGCGCCCAGACGGCCGCCUUCUACAUCCGCGAGGCCAUCUCGUUCGCCCAGCUGCUGGGCAUGCACACGGAGGAAGGCUACUACCAGCAUCCGAUCAAGGUGCAGAAGAUCAUGCGCAAGCUGUACUUCCUGCUCUUCAUGACCGAGCGCUACCUGUGCAUCCAGUACGGGCUGCCCACCGUGCUCGAGCCCAUCACUCUGCCGACCAUGGACCACGAGGACCUUCCCGACGUGGUCUCGGGAUUCCUGAACCUGGUGACGCUGUUCAGCACGCCCGGCAGCGAGUUCUUCAGCAAGUGGACGCCCCAGAGCUCCAGCGUGUCCGUCAGCAGCAAGCAGCUGCUGCUCCUCCAGCGCGAGCUGCAGGUGCCGACCGAAGUCCCCCGCAGCGCCAACGACAUCCAGAAAGUCGACAUUGUCGCGACGCAGCACUGGAUCCGGUCGCUGGCGUGGAAGCUGUCCAUCCAGCUGGGCUACGUCGUGCCGGGCGGCCGGCAGGAGAUGGACGUCACGUAUCCGCACAAAAUCGCGCAGGACGCGCUGUGCGAGCUGGCGCAGAUCCCGCCCAAGGCGUUCGAGGUGCAUGGCCCAGGCAUGGAGGUGAAGAUGCACGAGAUCGCCAGCGCGCUGGCCGACUCGAUCCUGUGCCAGCCGCAGAACGACCUGGCGGCGUCUUCGUUGUCGUUUAUCGUGCGGCCACAGGACACGCUCAAGAGCCUGUGCGAUCUGAUCUUCGCGACAGAGGUCAUCAAUCCGGACCUGCGUGAGUCGCUGUCCCGGAAGCUGGAGGUCAUCCUGGGCUGUUCGACGGUGCCGCCGGCCAUAGACGUGACGGACGAGUUGGUCGAUCCAACGAUUGAGGACGAUAGCAGCAAUAACAACAACAGCAGCAGCAGCAGCAGCAGCAGCAACAGCAACAGCAACGAGCAGGUCGAGCCGUUGCCAGCGGCGGACAUGAUGCUUCCUGCCAUGUCUUAUGCAGAUCUGCCGCUGGUCAUGGAGGAUGGUUUUCCGACGUAA